AUUGUUUCUCACCCAUUGUUCGCAAAUCUGUAUUGCCUAACUGAAUUGUUCAUACUUGUGCUUUAUAAAACAAGUAAUAGAAACAUAAUACUAAAAUACGGCAAAAUAUUAAAAACAGUGGAUUUUCUGAGGUAAAAUAUUAAAAACAAAUCAUGAUUUAAAAAUAAACAAAAACAAAAUGGCGGCGCCGUACUUUUUAUUUCCCGCCGUUUUAGUCCCCGUUCUAAUUAUUAACACGAAAUGCCAUACAGCCAAUAAUUCCGAUGUCAUAGUAAUAAAUUCUGGCCAUGCUGAUGUCGUAGACCAACCUCAAAAUAUAAUAAACGAACCAAAAACAACAGAAACAACAGAGAAUACAAAAUUAAUGAUACCAGAGACAACGACCACAGAAGCAGAAAUAGAAGCAACAGAAGACGUAGUCUUUGUGCCAAAUGAAAAAGAAGUUCAGAGGAAUUUCGAUGAUGAUAAAAUGAAGAUAGGAGAUAUAUUAUAUAGGAAAACAGUUGGAGACAUUAUGAAUGAUCGGAAUGUUAGAAUUGAGACUGAAGCGCCAAACGAAGACAUAGUUUUCAUAUCAGGCAAAAACAAUGAAAAUGUAGAAACAUCUAAGACAGAAAGAAAUAAAGAAGCAAAUAUACAAAAGAAAGAGAAACCAAAGAAAAAGUUUAUCGACUGCGCCAAUUUAGACUGUAAUAACACUUUGAAUUCUGUUUGCGGAGUCAAGAAAGACAACGGACAAUUAAAAUAUAGGUUGUUUCUGAACGAUUGCUAUUUUAGAAAAGUUAACUGCAAUUUUAAAUAUGAAGAAAAUCGAUAUAAGCAAAUAGAAUUAGAAAGAUGUAGAAAUAUCGCAUCUCAUAACACUGAGAGACCAUUUUCCUACAAUCCAAUGCCAUUACCUCCUCCAAGACCUAGCCCAAUGGACAAAUCCAGGAGAAGUUUAUCUUCUAGAAGGUCUUUAAGCAUAGGUGUAGAUGGAAGGUAUUGUUCCCAUACCUGCCCUAUAUCCUGCCCAGAUAAUUACGAUCCAGAAUGUGCCGUAUCCAGCUCGGGAGAGAGACGAGUUUUCGUUAACCAUUGUGAAAUGGAUUUGAAUUCAUGUUUUUAUAAUGUUGUGUGGCACAGAAGACCUCUCUCAGAGUGCGUGGGAGGGAAGAAGGCGGACAUGAGACAGAACAGAGGGUUUAUUAGCUGGAUGCAGCGAGUGGGCAUCGUUGACAAGAGAGGAAGACUGGUUUUGACGUAAACAUCAGCAGAACCGGCUCCGCACCUACUGGUCCCCUGAAAUUCGUACCCUGUGCUCACUAGUCCCCUGUAAUAUUUUUAGUGCCUACUGGUCCCCUCCUAUAGAGUAGUUUUUUUGAGCUCUUUGACUGUUCUACAAUCGCGUAAUAAAGGCUCAAAUAAAAUACAUUAAAUUUGUAUAAGUAUUUAUUACAAAUCACAGUUAAUUAAAGAAUUAAAAUCAGUCUUA